UAUGCAUGGAGACUUUUAGUCUACAUUCCAGUACAAUUCAUUUUAUUAUAUUAGACAUGACUACCAACCUUGGAAAUAAUGCAGAUAGAAACCCUUUAAUUAUGAAAGAUAACCAUAAAAGCAUGCUUAUGAUCCAUCUACUUUGCUUAGUUAAUAUCAAAGUGAAUAUAUUAAGAGACCACUACCUGAUAAAGAAAUUAGAGAAUUACCUUAAAUUCCAUCUUCGUAGCCUUUCACUAGUAAAUCUGAUUAUUAGACCAACUAUUAAAAGUAAUUCAUAACAUCUAUCAAGAUUUCCUUUGCCUUUAAAACCCCCAGUUACAAAAAAACAGUAUAAAUCUGCCCCAAGGUAAGUUCCUUGGAAUACAACCUAUGGAGUAGAUUUUAUUCCAAAGCCAAUUGGAGAGAAAGAAUAAUUUAAACCAACUUAAAAGGAUGGUCCAAAUUGUAACAUUGAUUUUGGUUCAAGUACUUACAGAACUGCUUAUGUUCCUAUGCCUACUUGCAAACAAGAUAAAUACAGAGAUCCUCAUUAAAGAAAUUUAUAUGGAGAUCCUGGAUAAACAGGAAAUUCAACAUAUUAAAUGGAUUAUAUAGAGAAAUAAAAUAAUAAUGAUAUGUGUCCAGUCUUUGCUUUACCUAAGAGACCUGUAAAAUUACCUGGAGGAAAAUCACAUCUUAAUUAUGAUGCUGUAAACAAUAGAUGGGUUUGAUU